GAACAAAAAAAACACAGAAAGUGUUACCUUAGCUUACCAGUUAGCACUACUAACUAACAUAAACCACACUGUUCGAUUCUUAACUUUGUGUGUUUGUUUGUUUGUUUGUUUGUGUUCUAUUCAUUCAUUCAUUCAUUCAUUCCAAUGUCUGGCCGUGAUUCUGAUUCAAAGCGACAUCGCUCUAGAUUUGAUCCACCACAACCCAGUCCCAACUCCAAGAGAUGCAGAAGAAAGGAUGGAACACAAGAAAGAGGCAGAGUCAUCAUAACAACAACCACUUCUAAUGUUGGAGGCCACCAGCCUCAUCCUCAUCCUCAUCCUGAUCCUACUACUCAACAAGAAGAACGAGGUAGUAGUGCCGGGCAGGUUGGUCGGAGGAGCUCUGGUCAAAGGAAACCUGCUGAGCGUGGAUGGUGGAAGGACGCAAGGAAUCAACAUAAUGAAAAGGAAGAGAUAAGUCAAGGAAGAGGGCAGAGUGAUGAGAAAUCACAAGCUAAACCGGAUGAUAAUACUUCCCACAGAUGUGGUGGUUUUUCUGAAAGGAAAGUGGACCAACCUCCUACCUCGAGGAAAAGACCUACAUUCAAGGAGAAGAAGAUUCCAGUGGAUUCAGAAAAUGUUAAUCUAACUGCAACAGUGACUGUGAAGUCAAGCCAGUUUGACCAUCCUCCAGAAAGUAAAGAAAGGAAGGAGGGAAAAAGCAGUGAUCAAUACUAUUUCGACAGACCUGAAAUGCAAUUUUCAAAUGACAGAGCACCCUACAAGGAUAAAACUGGGAGCGGGGUUCCCGUCAAGAGAAAGGCAUAGAGGCAAUGGUGGCAAUGCCAAUUCCAAGGGAAGAGAUAAAUUUAAUGGAAGGCAAUGUUAUCUUCCUAGUAAGACUCUCGGACUGAGAAGUGAAAACAUGAUUUGUAUCCAGAUGGCAAUAAGGAUCCCGUUCCUCAAAAUGAGGAUGAUCAGAUUGCAAAACUGGAAGCUCUUUUGCCAUCGUAUAAUAUUUCUAUACUCUUGAAGAUUAUUCUGUAAAUCAUCCCUAUUAACGCGGUUAUGGGAUGAUUCCAGAGAUGAGUUGCUCGAGUAUUUGAUUUGUCCAUGUUUACAUGUAUAAUUUAUGUGCAUAUGCCAGGGAUGCUGAAUCUGUUAUUACUAUAAGUUUAUCUUCAUAAUCAGCAUGCUAGAGAUAUUGUUGAAUGAAACGGCCACAUUUAGCCGACACUGUCUGGAUUCAGCAGACAUGAUUUGAAAUUAGAAUUGCCCUUUGGCUUUGGAAUUA